GAAAAUCUCUUAAAAAAAUCAGUAUGAACACGUUUACCUAGCCCGUAUAUCCGCUCAGAUCAUGUUUGUGCUUAAUAUACAAAAGUUUGAGUUAUUUGUUUGUUGAAAAGUGCAGGUUAGAUAAAUAAAAAAAAUAACCGAACCAUAUAUGGGCUCGUUUGCGGCGUUUGCGGUUAUGAAUUUAGAAAGUGUUGAUAGCGUAAAAUUUGAAGAUUACAUCAGAAUAUAACGCCAUGUAACGUUCCAAAUGAUUUACACACGAGUGCGGUGGAGUUUUGAAGGACAAAAUAUAAUGCAUAAUUGCUUUUAAAAUGUCUAACUCUGAAGAUGCCUCCGUUUUGAGAAUCUAUACCGAUUGUAUUAACUUCGCAGCUGUGAAACAUCGUAACCAACGAAGGAAAGAUUCCGAUAAAACCCCUUACAUCAAUCAUCCUAUAGGAGUUGCACACAUUUUGACGGCCGAAGGAUCUGUAACGGAUUUCGAGGUAGUGCAGGCAGCUAUUCUGCACGACACGGUUGAGGACACGGAAACUAGCUUCGAUGAAAUUGAGCAGAAAUUUGGCGAGAAAGUCCGCAAAUUGGUGGAGCAAGUUACCGACGAUAAAUCGUUGCCCAAAGCCGAGCGGA